CGGGAGGGAAGGAAGGAGGAGAUAGGUUAAGAAAGGGAGCGGAGCUGGCGCGUACGGUGGCCGAAGAGGGACGCGCCGAGCCGGAGGCUGCAGGAUGCCCAGAGGAACAGCGGCCUCGGGGGAGAUUGGUGUGUGGGAGGGGAGAGUUUCCGGGUCCGAGGAGUGGACGUCCUGCCACGGUGUAUCGCCCUGCUCGCCUACAGGCUGGAUGCGAUUCAUGCUGCUGUUCAGCCGACAGGGAAAGCUGCGGCUGCAGAAAUGGUACCUGGCCACAUCAGACAAGGAGCGAAAGAAAAUGGUCCGGGAGCUCAUGCAGGUGGUUCUGGCUCGCAAGCCCAAGAUGUGCAGCUUCCUGGAGUGGAGGGAUCUCAAAGUCGUCUACAAGAGAUACGCCAGCCUCUACUUCUGCUGUGCCAUCGAGGGCCAAGACAAUGAGCUCAUCACGCUGGAGCUGAUCCACCGGUAUGUGGAGCUCCUGGACAAGUACUUCGGCAGUGUGUGUGAGCUGGACAUUAUCUUCAACUUUGAGAAGGCCUACUUCAUCUUGGAUGAGUUUCUGAUGGGGGGUGAUGUCCAGGAUACCUCCAAGAAGAGUGUGCUGAAGGCCAUCGAGCAGGCAGACCUGCUGCAGGAGGAGGAUGAGUCGCCUCGCAGUGUGCUGGAGGAGAUGGGUCUGGCAUAGCCCCCCCACCCCCACCCCCGGCCUGGGCCUCGCGGAGACGUGGGGAGCUGGUGGAGAGGCAGGGCAUGAGUGCCCCUUUUCUUGGUGGGACCCAGCUGCCCCUCCUCUGCUGCCUCACCUUCUUCUGGAGUGAGCUGUGGGCUCAAGACCCUCAAACAUUCCUUCCCUCACCUCUAUCUCCAUUUCCCCUUUCCCCAGCGAAGGUUUUAGGAGCUAGGAGGUAGGAAAAUGUGACCAAAAUGGGGGUGCUAUUUGGCUUUCAUUCCUUGCCUUUGAAGAACUAACGUUACCCCAAACCUGCUCCCCUCCCUUAUAACUGUAAAUAUAUAAAUAUGUCAGGUUAAAGGGAAAAGGUUUUCAGGGCUCUUCUCUUCUCCCUUGCCCCAUAACCUACCUCCACCCUGUCCCAGUAGCCAGCCAGGGCAGCUUCUCUGCCUGGGGGAGGGGUGGGGGGAUUUCUGGGUAUUAAGAGGGAAGGCCUUUCCCCUCAUCUACCCCUCCUCCUUGGCUGCAGUGGGGACUCUGUCCAAUGCCAGGGGAAGGAACAGCAUGGUUAAUUUUUUUCUAACCUUGCCACUUUGAGGGAAGUGAGGGCUGGGGGAAGGGCAGGCUUUAUGGGAGACUGUCCCUCCUUCACUCCAUGUUCUGGGUGAGGCAGGAGCUAAGUGGGGGAGGGGUGUGGGAAGUGUCUGACUUUAUUUCCUUUCCUCUGAAAUAAAAGGAAAAGCAUUUCUGGA